GCGGACUCAGCCCUAGCCCUAAUUAAUUAACUAGUUAAUAACCUCAUCCUAACGCCGCGAUAUCAGCACGCCAACCAACUAGUCUCUGACCCCCCGGAUUUUGUCGAAAAAGGGAGGGGGACGGUAGGUUGUAACUUGUAAGUCGAAUUGAGAUUUCUCUCUCUCCAGCAUCCUUGGUAUCUUGCAUUCUUAAUCGUCGAAUUUGACACCUCGGCGCUCUAAUGUGCUCAGCCCUCUGAUAUGCCUCUGUCAAGUCAACCGAGGCGCCUGUGUAGAAUGAGCGUACCCAUACGAGCUGGCGAUAACGUAUCAAGCACUUUAUCAACCGCUAGACUUCAAUAAUGUCCCAAUCCUGGGCCGGACUGGCAAAGCUGUGACCUCCCUGGAGAAACAGAGCUUAACAACGUUUUGGACCGAAGCUCGACGUUGUUAGCUCAUGUUCCCUGCAUCGUCUACCCCCUAUUCACUUAGGCCAACGGCCAAUUAUAAAGCUAGUCAAAAAAUAUCUUCGGACAGCUCUGUUGAAGCUGGACCUGGAGCUGGAGGGAGCUUUUGGGCGACUGGCGAGGAUUAGGCCAAGUCCUCUACUUGAAGGAGUCGCUUGGUGACAGCCAGCGCGCCAAUCAGUGGUGUGAUGUAUGAAUGAUGUAUGUUACCCCACUCCUGUCGACCCCUCGAGCACAAUAUCACGUCGUUUAUCAGCGAAACACUCCGAACCAAAUGGACGCUGUAUGAAUUGAUGAAGAUUCAAGAUUCCUAAUCCGGAGACUGAGACUGAUGCAUCUAUCUACAACUACUGCCUGCCGUAUCUGUGAUAUGAAUGUCAACGAAUUUCGUCCUGCCCGGAGCUUAAUAUUUUUCGUCCUUCGUUUUCUUUUUCUUUUUUCCCUCGCCGAUAAAAUUCGCCUCCUCCAGACCCACCACCCUCGUCAUAUCACUAACCUCCACCCUUCGUCGGACAGCCAGAGCUUCCACCUAGGUCCCCAUUCACCAGUCCUCAGUCCCCGACAGCUGGGGAAUGGUCAGGCCAUGAUUCAUCCCUUUCCCUAACUUCUAUAACUACGUCGAUCAAGCGCGCUAUUCUUGCCGCUAAGCUCGCUCCGAGGGGCCUGGAAGCUGGGCAGCUUCGUCCCACCCUUUUAUAACUGCCCACCCUCGCUCGUCUGCAAUUCUUUUCAAAUGGUCUGAUGUAACCCUGCGUUAAAGUCUCCUGUAGACUCCCCAGUCCCUACCAAAACCUCGGGGCUCUCAAUCAACGUCUUUCAACAUGGAGGAAAAAGUGAUUGCCGACAGGCUGGCGUCGAGUCCAGCGCCGUCAUCGAGUACAAAGAAGGAUGGGGCUGACAUCGCCGCUGUCGAGAUUGAUCUCGUCAAAGCGAAGGCUUUGGUGAAGAAGGUGGACCGCCAUAUUGUUCCUUUCCUGGUCCUGUUAUAUGUCUUCAGCUUUUUGGAUCGGGUGAAUAUCGGCAAUGCGCGACUCUAUGAUAUGGAGUCUGACCUGGGUCUCACUGGUAAUCAGUACCAGAUCGCAAUCUCAAUCCUGUUUAUCCCAUAUUGUCUUCUGGAAGUCCCGUCCAACCUCGUAAUCCGAAAAUUCACAGCAUCUCGCUACAUUGCCUUCAUCGCCGUAUCAUGGGGGAUCAUUGCCACGCUGACGGGAAUUGUUCAAAACUUCGCCGGUCUGGUUGUAUGCCGCUUCCUCCUCGGAUGCGUGGAAGCCGGUCUGUUCCCUGGCCUGGUGGCAUACAUGACUCUGUUCUACGGCAAGCGCGAGAUAGCGCUGCGAGUUGGUUAUCUAUUCAGUGCUGCUGCGCUUGCCGGGGCGUGCGGUGGUUUGCUCGCCUAUGCCAUUGGCUUCAUGAGUGGAGUUGCAGGGCAGAAGGGCUGGCGCUGGAUUUUGAUCAUCGAAGGUAUCCCCUCAGUUCUCAUCGGCGUGGCGACAUGGUUUGGCCUUGCCGAUGAUCCAGAUACUGCCUACUACCUCAAUGCGGAAGAGAGAGAGCUUAUGCGGGCCCGCCGUAGUCUGGAAAUUGGCCAGACCGACUCGGCGCAGCAGUUUCACAAGGAAGAUGCGAAGGAGGGCGCCAAAGACUGGACCAUCUGGCUCAUGUGUCUCAGUCAGUAUGGCGUUGACACCGUCCUGUAUGGGUAUAGCACCUUCCUGCCCACCAUCAUCAACGGUAUCGGAAACUGGACCGUCCCGCAAGUCCAGGCGCUGACUAUUCCCUGCUACGCCCUGGGCGCGAUUACCUACCUUGUUGUCGCCUGGUUUAGCGACCGCAUGCAGCGCCGUGCUAUAUUCACGAUUGCAUUCUGUAUCAUUGCGAUGGUCGGCUAUGGAGUUCUGAUGUCAGACAGCAGCGCCGGCGUCCAUUACUUCGGUUGCUUCCUUGUCGCAAUCGGCCUGUAUGUCUGCGUUGGCCUGCCGCUCGCCUGGUUGCCAACGAAUCUUCCGCGGUUUGGUAAGAGAACGUUCGCCACUGGUCUCCAGCUUACCUUGGGGAAUGUCAGUGGCAUAAUGACGCCGUUCUUGUACCUCAACAGGGACGGCCCACGCUACCUAAUGGGCCACGGGGUAACCCUUGCCCUUACGGGGUUUUCGGCGGCGAUAUUCGCGUUUAUGUGGUUCCAUUAUAAGAGGAUUAACAAAAGACGUGCAGCGGGCUUGGAGGAUGACAAGAUUGCCGGGAUGACGGAGGAAGAAAUCUCUGAGAUGGGUGAUCGGAACCCCAGAUUCCGCUAUGUCACAUAGAAAGUGUAUUCUUUUUAUUAUUUUUUUUUUAUCUUCCUUGUCGUAUGUGUACUUUUCUCGUUUCCCAAUUCUCUCCCGACGUACAGCUUUUAUGCUAUCCUGGUUACUGGUCUUUGUUUAGAUCCUCUUUGUUACAUGAGCUUCAAGUUUCAUCUCGGCCGGCUAAUGGGUAUCUCUCUCUCUAUAGAAAUAUAUAUAAGAAAUUCCCACUAAAGUUAGAUGCGUUGCAGUGGUUGGUUUAUAUCACAACCUAAGCAAUAUUAUAAAUAUCCACAACGAUCAUGUUUUAUCAUAGAUAUUAGAAGUCUGCCUUUAAACCGUCCCUCGUGAAUCAUUGGAUUCUCCCUGUCUACGGUAAUUGCGUAGCGAGCCUGGACAGGCCCCUAUUUUUACCCUUCUAUCAGGGUAUUAUUAUUGUCUGGCCAGUUGCCAUACUCUGCUAGCACUAGCAACCCCCCUAUUUCUGGAUGUUGGCAAAGUUCUACGUGUAUUUAAAUUUAGCCCUCCCCUUGGCCCUUGCGCAACUCGCUUUGGCUGAUCAUGUAAUUUCUUUCUACAUGUAACUUCGCAGACGGCAUGUUUGCAUCCAUCGUCGUGUCCGGAUCUUGUCUUAACACAUUAAUCCACAUCUCUCCGCGGCGUUAUCGUUCUCAGGACAAACUCCCUUUUCAAUCCACCCCACUUCUGGAACUCCUGGAUCGCCCAGCUGGCGAAUUUUAGAUGCCAAGUGACUCGAUGGAUUUAGAGCGAUGUCGCCAGUGCUUUUCAAGCGUGGUUGAUAUUUUGUACUCGUAGACAUUCCGGAUGUCUGAGUAGUAGUUAGUGGAGUCAACACGGAAUACCAACUUAUCAAUCCAUUCUGAAAUUUCAUUGCAUAUGCUGCCCUGAUGUUGGGGAAACCUCGAGUUGCCGGCCCAAGGAAUUCCGCCUUCUGAGUCUUCGGCAUGGCGAAAUCGGCGCAGCACGCAUGCCAUGGAGGUAAGAAAGUUAGGAAGCCCUUCGACUGAGUUCUAACUGCCCAAUUUCAUUCCUAAGGGGCAAUUAUCCGUUCUUCUCGUCCUUAGAACUAGUUAACUGCGCAUUUCUUCCACACAACAUACGCCCCACUCAGUCUUGCAAUGGCUUUGCUUCGGGAGACCGGGACUCAAAGUGGCUCGGUUGGUUUGACUCUGGUUCUUUUCUUCAUCCUCCGGUCAUCAUCCGUUCUGCGCAUUGCAAUACCUGUUAUAUUUGUCAGUAAUGGGGAAAUUCAAAUAACUACAUUAUCUUCAAGUUGAUUACAAACUCCUCUGUAGAUUGAUAUUUGACGUGGAUGUGUGUGUGUAUGGGAUGGAAACGAAUCCUGUCCUCCGCACAUGGAUGGAGCCUUUGGAUCAUAUUUAUCAAGCGGCGCUCGUUCAGCCCUCAAACACGCUGCCUGCGGUGAGGCGGAAUGAAUGGAUGCAUCGGCAUGGCAUGCUGUGCUCCCAACCAACCUGAAUUCCAAUAAUUAUCACACCUAAACUGGUUAUUUAGCUCAGGGGUUCUGUUUUUCAUGCUUGAAGCACGGUGUAAAAUCUGAUCACACUGCAGCAGACUGUGCUGUGUUUCUUCUUUCUUGCGUUGUUUUCUUUUUCUGCUUUCCGU